AUGACGACCUUUCUACCCACUUCCAGUGCCUGCCACUCGUUGCAGCUACCACCGACAGAGAAAGAUGACAGACUCAACUUGAACGUGCGGACAGGUUCCGCUCUGAUUCUUCACAAUUCUUUGGUCUUUACUUUUGGAGGUCUCACGGUGGGGCUAGAUUUGGCCGACAAGAUUGAUGCAAAGCAUAUCCUGAACACCUUCCUACUGAAACUUGGACCCAACAAGCUGAAAAAGAUCCGCAAGUACCUUUCAGGAGAGCUUUUCUACUUGGAUUUGCUUUCGAAGACAUGGCUGCGCGUGCUGCUUCCCGAACAGUCGCUUAGACCGAAACCUCGUCUAUUUCACGAAAUGGCCAAGGGGAACAACUGCAUUUAUAUUUUUGGGGGUCUAGUAUUUCCCGAUGAUGGUGACGAGCUGACCGACGAAAUGGCCAGUCGCUUGGUGCCUUGUAACGAUCUCUGGCAGUUCGACUUGCGUUCCAAGUCCUGGUCUAGGCUCCAUGAUGGGCUUGAAGUCUCGGUAGGCGUACCUCUGCCUCGUUACUGUCACAAGAUGACGCUAAUAAAUACGCUUCAUUUUGCGAGAAAAAAGGAUCACUGCGGUUUGAUUAUCGCCGGUGGACAGGGCGCAGACUCACGGCCUUUGUAUGACAAUUUCGCUUACGACCUUGUGGAGAAGAAGUAUGUGGAUGCUGGCAAUCCACUCUUUUUCAGUGCAUCGUCUGGAGACAAACAAAAAGAUAAGGAUAGUGGGCUACUGCAGUUCGACUCUGUUAGCAAAGACAAGAACGUCAAUGUGAAUUACCUAAACAGUGUCAUUGUCAAUUUCUCUGAGGAGGUUGAACACCACCAUCAUCACCUUCAUCGUCAUACACACGGCCAUAGCGAGCGAAGAGAAUCUGAAAAUCACGGCCCCAUCGUCCAAGACAUAUCAACCGCGGAGGAAGAAUCCAUCAUCCUAUACUCCCCAACGACAGAUUUGCUGGACAAUCCAGACGUCAACCCUUUACUUUCCUUUAGGAUCGGCAAGCGUAUCUGUCGGGGUAAGGUGAUGCCACUUCACAAUCAACGGAACAACGAAUCCUCCUUCAGUGAGCAAAAAGCUAACAUACUACGCCGAACCGUCCCUCAUAAUCUCAGCUUCCCCACAGGAGGUCUUUUUGGCCAAAAUCUUGUCAUUGUUGGUUUCUUGCCUAAUGAUCUUGAUAUCUCGAUCUUCAUCUACAACAAGCCCACAGGCAAGUGGUCUCGUCUCAACAUAUUCUGUCACCACGACUACGGCUCCCACAGGUUUUGGGGUGGCUUUGCAUGGACUUCUCAUCACAAGGUUGUGCUUCUAGGUAAUUACGUGACAUCCAGGACGACCAGUAGCGUUCGCUACUUUUCAUCCAUGAUCACGGUCAGCUUGCCUGUCACCAACAUACUUGCAUCUUUCGAGAUGGCGGGUAGUCAUUUCCAUGGUCCAGAUGGUAAGAAGUAUCUCACCAUGGAAACAAGCUCAGCCGAAGAUUUUGCCUCUGCGAGCUCUUCAGCCGAAGAUACGUCAUCACUAAGCGAGCUUGAAGAUGAUGAUAUUCCCGACUUCAAUCCAGCCAGAAAGUUCUCGACGAUGUCGUCCAAGAGUGACAGCAAGGCACCUGUUAAUAACAGAAGUUUCAACGAGUACGUCCACUAUGCUGCACCCAAGGUGAAUUACACUAAAAUCAGAUCCGUUUUCCCACCUGCUGCGAUCACGCUAGGCAGAAGUGCCUUUGAUAGGUAUGGUGACAUGAUGUCUGAUUUGGAGUUGAUUUCCAUUAGCGGCGAUAGAAUCCCAAUCUCCAUGACUGUCUUGAGAGAAAGAUGGGGCAAGUACUUUAUCGAUCUUCUUGCCAAAGCAUACGUUGGUGCUGUUGACAAAUUUGAGUUCGACCAAUUGCAAAGCGAAACCUCACAAAAACUAAGAGCUUCCAGAAGCAGUGGCGGAAGUCUGGAAUCCAGGAGUACUAGACACGGUGCAUCUAGUGAUGAUAUCUCAAGUAAUGAACCACUUGCUGACAGACCAGAAAAAACGUUUCAUGUAUCUAUUCCAUCGGUGAAGCCAUCACAAAAGGAACCCCCACAGUUCAGACUUCCGUUCCAGGAAGCUUCCUCGACAACUUCUUUAGGGUCAAAGGAUACAGGGUCAAUUGAUCCACACAAAAAGGUUGCAGAGCGCAAGGCGUCUGUCUCUUCCUAUUCAUCGACAAACUCACUCCUUGCCUCGCAGUUGCAAGAUAUUCCUCCCCAAUUGCCAAUGCCCAAUGAACCAUUGCCUGCUGUUCCUGCUACACCCACAACAUUUAAGCCUGGAUCGAGAAAGAAUUCAACUGAUGCGACUUCCCCUCGUGCCUCGCUUCUUCAUACUUUAACAGUCUUGAGAAAUAUACCAUCCCAUGGUGGUAAGUCGCCAAGAGCUUCUCCAUUUGCGUCCCCUCGAGGUUCGGUGUCUGCCUCCCUGGAUCAGCAAAAUACAGAAAUUUCUGUUCCAACCAUGAGCAAGACAACUUCUCUCAAUAAGGUUCAAGAUGAUACCUUGAGAAUGCCAAGCGACACUAUUGACUUUGCAUCGGAAAGACGUGCGUCCUCUUCCACGAGAGCAUCGUCGAAUUCAGACUCGCUGAUGAAAAAGAAUUCUCUGGCAACUCUCACAGCUGAAACACCAGCAACUGCCAGAAGUGUGCAUGAAGAGACGUUUGAAGACGAAGAUACCGAGGGACAUCAUCACCAUGCCUUGUUGGACUUUGACAACAAUGAUGCCGAGUCAUUCAAGAUGGAGCCCUCUUUGAUCCCAAGAAAGCUCUACAUUCCAUUUUGUACGAGCUCGCUUAAGGCUUUUGCUGAGUAUAUGUAUACUGGGCAGGUUGGCAACAAGUGGACAUUGAGACCUUGCCUUCUUGAUUGUAUGCUUAUCGCCAGAUAUUUCAAAGUGCCUUUGCUUUACGAUUUAAUCAGUGAAGUGUUGUACGGCAUCAUUGGAAGAAAAGAAGCUCACAUUAUCAAAGAAGGAAAACGUCUCAAGAAGAAGUACUUUGAAUGCUUCCAAGAUCUCGGAAGACAUGUUGACCUGAACCUCAAACUUCCAAUUGAUGAGUACGAGGGUUUCAUGGACACUGUUGAUGACGGAUAUUUGGAUAUUGCAUUGUUGAGAAAGUCUUCCAGUCUUCACAAAGCUAGUGUCUCGAGUCAAGGUAGCAAAAAGCGGAACACAUCGACACAAGCAAGCAUUCCAGAGGAGAAGACUAAUUUCAACGAUGGGGAUUACUUCCAAUCGAGAAGUAGACGUUUGGGAUCUGAAGAGCCAAAGUCGCCAAAGUCAGGCCAACUUGAGCCUUCAGAGCUGACACCAGUCGAAGACUCCAAGUCUGAAGGAGAUGAGGACGAAGAUAUCUAUCAGAGUGAUAUCCACUUCCUUGAUUUCAGCGAUGACAGGAACUUUGGCGUAAACCCUAGGUCUAAGUCUGUCUUUGAUCGUCUGGCCUACGACUCGGUUACGUAUUUGACAACCGAGGGCGACGACGAAGAGAAGGAAAAAUCGCUUCUGACAACCUUGGAGGUGCUUGUUUCGCCUGAUUCACCACCACCGAGUGACUACGUGAUUGACCUUAUUCACGGUAUAGCCUCUGUGUGCACCGAUGUCAAGCUCAUGUUGCGUGCUCUCAAUGUGAAACAUAUGUCAAAGGCAUUGAAGCAGACAGAGCAGGACUACGAGAAGCUUGCACGUUUAGCACGCCAAGCACAGACCUCCGAGGAUGACACCCAGCUGCAAUUGACUGUAUCUCAGCCAGGUUCUGGAAGACCCUCCGUUGCCACAUUGAGACCUGCUUCGGGUUCCGGUAAUGUAACACCAUUUAAGCGUACGCCUACAGCCGAGUUAAGUGAACUGGGUCCUUCCAACGCCCAGCCACAAACCAUGAGGUCAUCCACCUCUCUCAAUACGACGACUUCUGCGUUCAAGUUUACGCCGCUCAAGUCCAGUACAACGGGUGGAAGGACAAACUCAAAGAGUCUGCUUGAGGACAACAAGGACUUGGACAAGCGUAUUGCGCAGAUCAUCAGGCAAGAAGAGAAGACUAAGCAAAAAGCCGCUAAGGAAGAGAAACAGAGAGCUGUCAAAGAAGAAAAACGUGCCGCCAAGGAAGCCAAGCGUGUCGAGAGGGAGAAGGUCGAGAAAAAGGAGCGAGAGCUGUUAUCGCAGGUGACGCUGAAGCAUGCGGCUACACCGCUUGAGAGGAACAGCACCGAGCCGCAGAAUUUCUACUCGUCCAGAACCCGUGACGACGAUGCUGCAUCUCAGUACUCCAAGCCAUCGAUUGCCUCGACCUCCAAGGAAAAGAAGGGUGGCUUCAUGCUGCGUAUUGGACACAAAUUCAGACAUCCUGAGCCGCCCAAACAGGCUGAUUCCAAUGACAGCGAUGUGAGAAGCAUUUCCACCACCCGAUCGUCCAGCAGCCAAACUUCCGGCAGCAGCAAGAAGUCGAGUCGUCGGACAGGUUUUUUCGGACUACGCAAGAGAAACUAA